AUGACAAAGGAGUUUGAAAUGAGUAUGUGUGGUGAGCUCAGUUAUUUUCUUGGUUUACAGAUCACUCAGACAGAUGAAGGCAUCUUUAUCUCUCAAAGCACUUAUGCCAAACAGCUUGUGAAAAUAUUUGAAAUGCAAACAAGCAAGCCCAAAACUAUUCCUAUGAGCACUUCGUGUAUUCUCACCAGAGAUGAAAAUGGUCUCAAAGUGGAUGAGAGACUCUAUCGUGGGAUGAUAGGAAGUCUAUUGUAUCUUACAGCUAGUCGGCCUGAUUUAUGUUAUAGUGUAGGUGUCUAUGCUCGUUACCAAUCCAGCCCACGUGUGUUACACCUGACUGCUGUCAAACGAAUUAUUAAGUUCGUCAAAGAUUGGGCAGGUUCUACAGAUGAUCGCAGAAGCACUACUGGUGGGUGUUUCUUCUUGGGCAACAAUCUUAUUGCGUGGCAUAGCAAGAAGCAAACUUGUGUUGAUCUUGCAGAUGAAUUUGGUGAUGAUCCUCUCUUCUUGUCACCGUUGGUUACUCAUGGACCGCUCGCGUCUCUUGU